UGUGGGGUAAGUGAUGGAGGUUUCUGCAGGCAGCCAGUGAGGUUCUGUGUGAGGGGCCAAACCCUGCCUCAGCUGCUCUGACCCUUGACUAGGCUUCCGGCUUGCAUGCUGUUCCUGCACCACGGUGACUGUGGUGAUUGUGUGUAAACAGCAGGCUGCUUGGCGGAAACUCACCCUCUGUUGACUCAUCGGCAAGGCCAGAGUUCAUCACCCUUGAAGUAGUUUUGACAUCAUACCCGGAUUGUGACAUCUCUGGGGAGUCUUUGAAAAUAACACUGCUUCUCCUGUUCCGAGUAACUGGUCCUGGAGCAGACACUGGCUUCGGGAAAUCUGCUUCCGUGGCAGUAGCCUUGCUUGAUGCAGCCUGCAGGCCUGGGCUGGCCAUCCCUGUUGUGCCUUUGGGGUUUGGCCUUCUCUGGGUCCUUCAUUUUUAGGGCCUUCCUCCCCUGCUUCCUGACUUUAUGAUUUUCCCUUUGGUCUGUGGCGAGCACGGCCUGGAGUUGUCUGAGAUCUUACCUCCAGCAAUAUGUAUAGCUGUUUUGUCAUUUUACUCUUUAAUAAAAAAGCUGGUGUCCGGAUGAACCAUUCAGAGAGAGACCUCCUGUGCCCAUACCAAGUGGCCGCACUGGAGUCUGACGCUAAUUAUAUUCUCUGGGCUCGGUCCCUCCCUGGCCAUGUUGUGACGCGGAUCUUGACUGAGUCACCAGGUCAGCGGGGCAUGUUGGUGACUCCCCACAGCCCUUCUGGGGGGGAGUGGACCGCGCAUGUUUGUGAAGUUCCUGGGAUCACUGAACUCUUAUUUAAAAGUAACACAUAUUGAGAAGUUUACUAUAAAGGGAGUAUAGCUCAGCAUAGAAAACUUGGAAUACCUGAAAGGAGCGACUUCUGUUCCCAUGGGCACAGGCCAUGGUUGUUGUUGACACCUGGGCGCCUUCCUCUGUCUUGUGUCUGGGCACCUCAUCAUCACAGUGGUAUGCUCAUAUGGUGUUAGGUCUUACUUCCUCCCUGACACCGUCUUAGUUCUGCUAUUUAAUAUAAUCAUAAGCUUUACUUUUUAGUGACUGCAUCUCCCUUGCAGUGUGCACCCUCAUGGAUCAGUAUUCCUCAGUAUAUGCGUUUGGGGCACCACACCGAUCCUGGGGAUUCCCGUGUGCUGGGAGCCUUGUCUGCUGUCCCGUGCUGAGGGCUGUGCAGAGGCGCUGAAGGGCAGUGAGGGACAUCCCUGGUGUGCCUGUGCCUCAGAGAGGAGCCUGAGGCUGCGUGUGGCCGAGAGUCUUUUUCACUGAGACCAUCAAUCCGAUUUCAAGGAAGUCAAGGGCACAUCUCCAUCCCCCAGCCUGACUGCCCCACAGAGGCACGGACAUUCUCCUUCUACCUCUCCAACAUUGGCCGUGACAGCCCCCAGGGCAGCUUCGACUGCAUCCAGCAAUAUGUCUCCAGCCAUGGGGAUGUUCACCUGGACUGCCUGGGCAGCAUCCAGGACAAAAUCACAGUGUGUGCCACCGACGACUCCUACCAGAAAGCACGGCAGAGCAUGGCACAGGCCGAGGAGGAGACACGGAGCCGUGGUGCCAUUGUCAUCAAGGCUGGAGGCCGCUACCUGGGCAAGAAGGUUCAGUUUCGGAAACCAGCCCCGGGGGCCACGGACGCUGUGCCCUCCCGGAAGCGGGCGACCCCCAUCAACCUGGCGAGUGCCAUCAAGAAGAGCAGUGUUGGUGGCAUUAGCGGGGGCAGUGGGGUGUCUCAGAGGCCUUUCCGUGACCGGGUGCUGCACCUCCUGGCACUGAGGCCCUACCGGAAGGCCGAGCUGUUGCUGCGGCUACAGAAGGACGGCCUGGCCCAGGCGGACAAGGAUGCGCUGGAUGGCCUCCUCCAGCAGGUGGCCAAUGUGAAUGCCAAGGAUGGCACAUGCACAUUGAAGGACUGUGUGUAUAAGGAUGUGCAGAAGGACUGGCCUGGCUACUCGGAAGGGGACCAGCAGCUGUUGAAGCGGAUGCUUGUCCGGAAGCUCUGCCAGCCACAGAGUGCGGUGGGCCUCCCUGGAGACCCUGCUGCCGCCAGUCCUCCCAGGGAACGUGGAAGCUCGGCCUCACCCCCUCAGAAACGAUCACAGCCUCCUGAUUUCACCGACUCCCUGGUCAGCAAGAAAACCAGGAUAUCCCAUUUUACCCAGAGAGCUCAGCCUGCCGUCAAUGGGAAGCUGAGUGCAACCCAUGGCCGUGAGGCCCUGCUGCCCACUCCGGGCCCACUAGCUGGCACAGAUGCCCACCUGCCCCCGCGGUUGGAGCCCCCGAGGAUCCAUGACCCUCUGGCUGACGUCAGCAAUGACCUGGGCCACAGUGGCCGGGACUGCGAGCAUGGGGAAGUGGCCACCCCAGCCCCAACUACGUGCCUCAGCUUGCCCCUGCUGACGGACUGUGCCCAGCCCAGCAGGCCCCAUGGUGGCUCAUCACACAGCAAAUCCAAGAAGAAGUCCAAGAAGCACAAAGACAAGGAGAGAGCAACUGAGGACAGACACCGGGCCCGGUUGCCAGACCACAUGCCCAGCCCCCUAGGAGCCCCACCAGAUGCUCCGGGCGCCUCAAAUGUAACGGUAAUGGCUGAGCACAGAGGCCUACCGUCCUGCUCUGAGGCUCCUUCCAGGACAGUGUGCUCUGCCUGUGCUCACACCAGCAGGAACCACCCACCUCCCUUUAACAAUGGCAUUGUUCUUUGUGCACCAGCCCGUGCCUCAGACGCACUGGAGAAGGUUCCAGGUUUGAAUGGGACCUGCAACAGCUCAAGCGUCCCCACCUCGACCUCAGAGACCCCCGACUACUUGCUAAGAUACGCCGCCAUCUCCUCCCCGGAGCAGCGGCAGCGCUACAAGAACGACUUCAACGCGGAGUACAGCGAGUACCGCGGUCUGCACGCACGCAUCGAGCGGGUCACACGGCGCUUCACGCAGCUGGAUGCCCAGCUCCGGCAGCUCCCGCAGGGCUCCGAGGAGUACGAGACUACUCGGGGGCAGAUUUUGCAGGAAUAUCGAAAAAUCAAAAAGACCAACACCAACUACAGCCAGGAGAAGCACCGCUGCGAGUACCUGCACAGCAAGCUGGCCCACAUCAAGAGGCUCAUUGCCGAGUACGACCAGCGGCAGCUGCAGGCCUGGCCCUAGCCUGAGUCCACGGGGCAGGAGGUCCUGCCUGGCUCGCUAGGCCAGCUCCCCUUGCCGGGCCGACCGUUCUGGAUGGCGGGGGAGCUGGGGGCGGGGGGGGGGGGAGCUACAGAGCGGAAAAAGAGAUUUAUUUAAAAAAAUAAACACGAGGAAGACACGUUCAUCUGAGCCAGCAACGCCGGCUUUCAGGGGAGCCCCUGCAGACCUGGUGCCCUCAGCUCACAGACUGAGGUGGGGUGGCCGGCGUCUCAUCCGACCCUCCCACCCCCCCCACCCCAGCCCACCACACCUCCUGAGGAGCGCCCCCACCCGGGAUGGGCUGUUCAGGAAGCCCACCCCUAUCCGGCCCACAGCCCCAGGGCUCCAGCGUCCCCUCAUGGAAAGACUCCGAGGCCAGCCUGCCUGCCUUUUCUAGUUUUAUACAAAGACAGCCACUUUUAGCUCCUGCUUAUGAGACUUCCGUCUAUUUUUGUAUGAGAGAGAAAGCGUCUUUUCUAAACCUGUGCCUCCCCUCCUUGGACACCAGGUCUAAAUGCUGCCCUGUGUCCUUCCUGCAGUAUUACAGAUGCCUCUGAAAGUUCAGAGUUGUUCCCCAGGGCUGAGGGGAGACCCGAGGAGGGGGGGUGGCGGGGGUGGGGAGGGUGCAGCCGGCUGGCCUGUGCUUGGGUCUGGCUGUGCUCCUGCCCCGGGCCCUCCCUCUGGUCCCCGCCUCUCCCCGCCCAGGCCAGGACGGGGUCUCUAAGGGGGUGGAGGCCCGCCCAGGUCUAUUUCGAGAACUCCAGCUGGCCCCGGAGCAGCUGCUGGGAGCUGCAGGGGCAGAGCUGCGGGCCGAGCGGCUCUCAGCCCACCAGGCCUGCCCCGCUAUUUCAGGCCCUCAGCUGUAGGGGGUCACCGGGGUUUUUGUGCCAGAGCUCACACUGCAGCAGCAGUGUCGGAUUUUAUUUUAUUAUGUUCUCAAUCUCCCCCCUUUGCUGCUGCUUUUCUUUUCGCGCUGAGACCGAGUGGUCUCCAUGCUGUUGACCUCACUCCAUCCCUCAGUCCGCUUGUGGGUCUUGGGGUCAUCUUAGCAGAGCCACCGCAGGGUUUGCACUCAGGGAGGGGCUGGGGGUCGAUGGGGUCAGGGGACCCCCCGAGAGUGAGCUCAGAAAACGUGCCCUAUCCGCUCACUCUGGGGGCAUGGGAUCCAUGGACACCAUAAUUGCUGCUUAGUAGCCGUGCCUAGUCUAGUGUCCCCCAAAGUGUCGGGGGACCACGCGCACGCAUGCGCGUGUGUGCGUGUGUGCACGCGUGUACGUGUGUGUGGGGGGGCCCUGCCGGCGUGCAGUGGGGCCUGAGGCGUGUGUUCACAUUCAGCGAAGCCACCCAGGACUGGGGAAGGCGGAGGGAGUGGCUGCAACCUGGAGCCGGGGGCUCGCAAGCUGGGGGAUGUGGGGGGGUGCUGCCACCAACAGUAGUGAGGCAGGGAGAGCAGAAAUGCUCAGUAGACAUGUCUAUUUUUCUAAGCCACGGGGACGUCUCCUCAUGGCUUCCCAAAGAGCAGGCGCCGAGUGGAGGCACCUGCAGUAUGCCCGCCCCGCCCCACCAGCUCCUGCCCUGGGACCCCUGGGAUGCCCGGAGCACCAAGGGAACUGAUCCUUCAUGUUUCAAUGGCUGUUGUUUUGUUUUUCAUUUGGGAUGGAGUGGGGGGUGCAGGCCCCAGGGACCCCCGAGUUCUGCAAACAGCCAUGUCAUGUGCUCAGCUGGACAUGCAGACUCGGGUGAAGGAUUAUUUAAGGAGGCUGCAGCCUGAGGGCUGACCCGGCCCUCUGCCCUGGGAACCAGUUCAAGGGACUCUAAGUUGAAUUUCCUUUUUGUUGUUGGCUUUUUGUUGUUUUGUUGUUGUUGUUGUUUUUCUCCUUUUAAGGAAUUAUGAAGCUAAGAAAAGUUUUGUGCUUUGGGGGUUGAUGGACGAAAGUCCUAGCUGAUUAAAUAUGGUCUAACUUAUUGAUACUGUGUUCCCCCCCCCUUUUUAAUAUUGUACUGUGGAGAAAAACUAUUUUGAGCCAUGGAGUUGGUGUUUACAAGAACUUUUCACUUUUGCCAAAAUGUUACGAUUGAAAGGCAUCCGCGUCUUCAGUUUCCUAAUAUUUUCUUAAAAGAUCUAGUGUCCUUUUUGUACACUAAACAGGUGAAUGCUGAUUUUUUCAACCUACAAUAAAUUUCACUGAACUGAA